GUAUCUAGCGUCUGUAUUUUCAGGUUCCAUAGUGUGGGUUCGGUGUGUGUGAUGCAUGUGUGUGUUGGGCGUGUGUGAGAGAGUUUGUAGUGUGGUUGUAAACGUUCCCAGCUCGGAUACUGUCACCGCCUUGCACCGCAGGCAGGCGCCGUGUUCCUACAUGCAAGUUACCGUAGCGGCUCCACAAUCGUUGGCCAGCAAUGACCGAAAGCCCCAGCACCAAGCCAGCGAACGGGGACGUGUGUCAGCGUGUGAAGAACGGACUGAAGCCGGAGAGAAACGGCUUGGCGAAGAGCCUCUACCGCUGCCAUGAGAAGAAGUCCAAGCACCACGGCCAGCCCGAGGAGGAGGAGGUCAAUGCAACAUCGCAUCAUGGCGUCCCGUACAGUCGGCCCUUCGUUGAGUCUUACGAGCAGACGCCCAUGCUGCCGGCCGUCUUCACCUACAUGAGCUACGGCAUUCUGACCAUCUUCGGCUACCUGCGAGACUUUCUCCGUUACUGGAAGAUCGAAAGAUGCAACAUCGCCAGGGAGAAGGAGGAACAGAGGGACUUUGUGCCCCUCUACCAGGAUUUCGAGAACUUUUACACCAGAAACAUCUACAUCCGUAUCAGAGACAACUGGAACCGGCCCCUAUGCGGCGUGCCAGGGGCCAAAAUGGACUUGUUGGAGAGGACGUCCCCCGACUACAACUGGACUUUCGUUCGCUCAGGCCGGGUGUUGCAGGAUGUGAUUAACUUGGGCUCCUAUAAUUACCUGGGCUUCGCUGAGAACAAGGGUCCGUGUGCUGACGCUGCAGCCGAGAUCACCAAGAAGUACGGCGUGGGAGUCGCGAGUACCAGACAAGAGCUUGGUAACCUGGACAGACACGAGGAGUUGGAGAAGCUGGUGGCCAGGUUCCUGGGCGUGGAGUCGGCCAUGUCUUUUGGGAUGGGGUUCGCAACCAACUCCAUGAACAUUCCAGCGCUGUCUGGCAAGGGCUGUCUGCUUCUGAGUGAUGAACUGAACCACGCCUCUCUGGUCCUGGGAGCCAGACUCUCCGGGUCCACCAUCAGAGUCUUCAAACACAAUAAUAUGCAGAGCCUGGAGAAACUGCUGAGGGAGGCCAUAGUUCACGGACAGCCCAGGACCCACAGACCAUGGAAGAAGAUUCUCAUUGUUGUAGAGGGCAUUUACAGCAUGGAGGGCAGCAUAGUGCGCCUGCCAGAAAUGAUUGCUCUGAAGAAGCGCUACAAGGCUUACCUUUACCUAGACGAGGCCCACAGCAUCGGGGCCCUGGGGCCUAGAGGCAGAGGCGUGGUCGAUUACUUUGGCCUGGACCCCUGUGAUGUGGACGUCAUGAUGGGAACAUUCACCAAGAGCUUCGGUGCUGCAGGGGGAUACAUCGCGGGGAAAAGGGAGCUUAUUGAGUACCUGCGCUCCCAUUCCCACAGUGCGGUCUACGCAUCCUCCAUGUCUCCACCUGUGGUGGAGCAAAUCAUCACUUCUAUGAAGUGCAUUAUGGGAGAGGAUGGCACAACGAUAGGCUGUGACCGCGUGCAUCAGCUGGCAAAGAACGCAGUCUAUUUCCGCAGGAAUCUUCAGAAGAUGGGCUUCAUCAUCUACGGAAACGAGGACUCGCCUGUUGUACCCAUGAUGCUCUACAUGCCCGCCAAGAUAGCAGCGUUUAGCAGGGAGAUGUUGAAGAGGAACAUCGGGGUGGUGGGGGUGGGCUUCCCCGCUACGCCCAUCAUCGAGUCCCGGGCACGCUUCUGCAUCUCCUCCGCCCACACGAAAGACGUGCUCGACAGGGCGCUGAGUGUCAUCAGUGAGGUGGGAGACCUUGUUAAUCUCAAGUAUUCCCGGCAAAAGAUACAGCCGUCUGUGGCGCGGUCCUUCGACGAUAAUGUGUUCGAGGACAUUGACGACUGAUUCCUCUCCUGAAGCGGCGUGAACCUAACAACCCCGGAACACACGGGACGGGUCGAGAUGGAUGACAAGUCUUCCACGAGGACCGAGGUGUGCACAGGUGCCCCUUGUCACUAGCUUGCCAUAACGUAAAUCAUCCGCAUCAAAUGGGACACUUACAACUAUUGUCUGAUUCUACUUCGCCUUAUGUAAACAUAAAGAACUGAAAAGCAGCGCUUCUGCUUUUUCCUGUGUAGUUUUUGUUACUUCUUUUUUUAUCAUUUUGUGUCCAAUAAUUUGUAGUUAUAUGUCUAUGUCUGCUGUGCUUGUAACAUUGGUCAUGUUUAGGGUUAGGGUUAGCCAUAUGGUUGCGUAUGUGAUGUGGACAAAUGCCAAAUUUGAAAUGGAAAAUGUCAAGUUUCCAUACAAAUGUAUCUAUCUUGAACUUUUUUGGGUAAAAAAGGAUUACUUUUAAACAUCAAUAAUACACUUUUAUCGAGUAUUGUUCAGAUCAGUGGUUAUCAACAGUGGCUUGAAUCAGAACACCCACUGGUUGUUCGUACAGGAACAAGUUACUGACCACAUUUCCUCUUUUUUAAUCAGAUAUCACACAAGGUGGCUACAUUUUUAGGAUAUAUUAACAUUAUACCCAACAUCCACCUGGCAUUAUUUUCAGACUUGUUUAUGUGGCAAUGCUCACUCUACCAGGAAGCUACUAGUUUUGUAAGUAAACACAGGUAGAACUUGUUCACAUUUUUAGGGGACUAGUCUAAGAAGCACUGCUAUUGAUACUUUUUUGCUCUUCAACCUGAUUAAGUACACAUUUUUAACCAAUGCGUUUGACAUUGGCUUGUUACUUAUCUUUCAUUCUAGAGUUGAAUUGCAAGAUCCAUACCACACUUUGGCAAUAUAAGGCGUUGCUCAUUUUAACCCCAAAAAGAAACCGUCUCUGCCUGUAACUCCUCAUGAUACCAUAUUCUGAUUCCGAUUCUUUAUAUUGUGGCAUCUCGUCGGAAUUUCAAACCAAGCAAGGCAUAUUCCCAAUAAAAGUUAGCAAUAUUCACAAAAAAAGUUAGCAAUUAGCAUCCAUAAACUACUGCUUGACAACUUAAUUUGCCUCCGCUGAACCAAGUCUGUUUCAGUGCAACAAUGCCAAAGUGGAAAUGGAGCCAAGUAGUAGUGAGCCUGUAAUUAGCCAUAUUAGCUUAGUGUUGGAUAGUGAAAAACCCUACGCUGCAUAACUCCAACAAUCUGGUACAGCUUCUUAAGUCCAAUGGACUUGGCAUUAACAAAAUCUGUAUUCAUUUCAAAUGCAAGAAGAAAACAAUUUUUUUGUGGAGUGAAGCUCAGCUAAUCCAUCAGUCCGCUUAACAUUUCAUUGCAUCCUUUUCUUUGGUAAUUUAAUUAUCUAUUUCGAUUAUUUUGUUGAAUUGUUUUUAAUUGGGAAUUCAUACUAAUGAUAGUAUUUUGCAAUUUUCAGUGACAACAUUUGAGUUAUAUUAAAAUAACUUAUAUCCUGCUACUUCAAAAAUAGUGGAUAUCAUUUCAAAAGUAAACAAAUAUCUUUAGAAAGAGAGAUUGUAUCAGCUGUCACUGGUUGAACUAUAAAAGCUCUAUUUUAAUAAAAAUACCAGUUUUCUUAAACGCUAACUUUGUAAUCCAUAUUGAUUCUAAUAAGUCAUUGCAACAAAUGGAAUGCGAACAAAUAUCCAUUGAACAUUUAAAGACAAAUAAAACCAGAUUUGCCUGUUCCACAUGGAUUUGGCCCUUUUUUAAAAGACAGAUGUUAUAUAUAGUUCAGUUGGCUUUCAGAUUUGCAUUUUCUAGGUCGGUAUCGGGAUGUGGAAAAAUAUACCCCUAUUAUAAUAUUACUAUUUUUCAACAAUAUAUUAUAGGUCUCAGGUGUAAACAAAACAUGUCUGGAUUUGAGUUGUGUUUGAAUUAAAGAGAUUUUCAUUUCCAUCCUAUCACCUGGGUUCUUAUUAGUAUUAUCAUUGCUCUUUGUAUGAUAACAUUGUCUUGUGUAAGAGAGAAAGCUUUGUUUGUGCGGUGACACAGAUGUCAUUAACAUUUCCAAUCAGUGUUUAACUAAGGAUGUGUGUGAUUGCUUGCAUGGUUUCCCGGUAUUAACGCGCUGCACUUUUACCUUGCUUCUUUUUUUUUUACACCUGUCUUUUGAACUCUGGGUUUAUCUUGGCAUUUUUGCUACCAAACUUUGGAACAACACUUUAAAAACCCACAUGCAUACAUUCACACUUGCAUGUACGCAUACUAAUAAGCAUUGUGUAACCACUCGUUCCUCAUAAUUACACAUGUACAGUAAUAAUCAGUCAUUGAAGCUGCUCUGCACCACAGCCCGUGCUCAACAAUAUACAGUUCAGUAUUCUUAUGAAUGUUGACAUAAAAAAUCUACAUAUUUCCAGAGAAAGUUAAUAUAUCUGUCUGGGCUUAAGGAAGGUUUUCUUUGCCUUCUUCCAUAUCAGUGUUUAUCUUAAUCCUUUUUUUCUUUUCUUACUAGAAAAUACCUAAAUUACAAAUGAUUGUCCAUAAACUUAAAGUUACACAUGUAUGUUGUUGCAGAUUAUCUUAUUUUGUUGAAUUGUUUUAUGUUUGCACACAGGAAAGCCAUGAAAUCAUAUUAAAAGCAGGCAUUUAGACUAUAUUUUGAUAUGAAAGCAGAAUAAUGUAAAGACCCAAGACCUUUGACCUGAUGUCUUAAUAAUGCUUUUCUUAAAGGGACAGUGCAGACCUUUUUGAAAUGGGGUUGUAUGAGGAACUUACCUGAAGUAGGUUGCAGGUAGAUUUUUUUUAAGAUGCUAAAAUAACGUUCUAUUCGGUGCCAAUCCACAGCCGCACAUUGCUCGCUUCUGUGCUUUUCUGUUUCUCUUGAGGCAUGUCAUCUGCUUAAGGUAUUAGAGUGGUGCAGGAAUAAGUCUUCAGGUUCCAUCGUCUCGAAGUCUACGUUGUUUUUACUUGAUUUUGGUUAGAUGCCAGAAUUAAGGUCUGUGGUUAACUCUCAAGACUUUUAAGUUUUGUUUCUAGAACUUAAAAUACGUUAUCAUAUACCCAACUGGUGAAUGUCUGAAGCUUAUAACUCUUAAUAACGGCCGUUGCUAACAGUCGGCUAAAUGAGACUAUUAAACGCAUCACGUCGAACAUUAGCUGCCUUUAGCUUAGCGGUGGUGACAGUCAUGUGACCGUGAUGUUUAUAGCCUAACAUAAGCUUUUUACCUCUAGUGAUUGCAUUGAAACUUCAAAAAUCAUAAAAGUCUAGAGAUUAGUGUGGAGAUUAUUACAAAACGUGUAAAAUAAACUGUUAAUUUGCCUCUUCUUAUUUUCUGCAACGUUCAAAGGAGCCCUUGUGAUGAUAACUUCUAGGUUGGCCUACAAAAAUACAUAAAAAAUACAUCACUGCAUCAUUCUAAAGUACACUAAUUAUGGAUAAGUAAAACAUCCAAUGUAUCCUUUUAAUAAAAAAUAGAGUACUUUUUCAGAACAAUAGGUACUUCAUAAAAAAAUCGUCUCAUGUAAAACAUUCUGUGCCCUUUCUGAAUAACACAGUGUGUUCCUUCACUGAACCAUUUAACGGUUUUGGUCUUAAAAAUGAUGUACAUUUAAAAGGAAAACUUUUCAGCUUUGAUGUAAAAUGGAGAUAAUCCCGGUAUUUUGUACAAAGUUUAUAUUGUUUCAUUGCAAAGGAGCUAAUCAGAAUACUUUGUUUACUAAAGAGAAACCUGGAAAAGAUGGUUAUCACUAUUACUGGCAGCUUGUGUUGAGUGUGCCAUUAAUAGAGGCGAGUUACCACACAUCAGAGAUCAUUAUUUUCUGAUAUAGUGCCUUUUGAAGCAUUUUCUAACAGUUUUGAUUAUAUUAAGUGUCAUAAUGUUGAUUGCUCAUCUUUUACAGUCUUUGAUUUCUUUUUACUACUUUGUCUUCAACAGUAUUUAUAACUAGUGCUGGGUGUGUUCUCUGUCGACUUAUUGCAAUGCAUUUGAUUAUAGAAAAUGCACUAUUUGCCACAUUUUCAGCAAAUUAUUAACAUGUAAAGUGUCACUCAUGUUCAUGAUAUCAAUAGAUCAUUAAUAAACAAUAAAAAAAUGCUUUUGAAUUUC